AUGUCGGAAGUCGACCGCAACGAAGACAACUCGCACUACGUCGACAGCUACGACCGCGACCACGAUCGCGACGCCAUGACGCAGGAUCGAGCUCGUUCUCGCUCGCCUGUCGCUGGCGCUGCUCCUUCUUCCGACCGACGCGACCGUGAUCGAUCGGAUCGCUCCGACCGUCCUCGCAACUUUCACGAUCGUGCCGUGGCAUCGCAACACGCCGCCACCGAAGCUUCAAGAAAGAGUCAGAAGGACUGCAGGGUCUACGUUGGGAACCUCAGCUACGGUGUCAAGUGGAACACGCUCAAGGACUUUAUGAGGGAGGCUGGCAAUGUCGUCUUCUCGGAAGUGCUCACUCUUCCCAACGGAAGCUCCAAGGGCUGCGGCAUCGUCGAGUACAGCUCUCCCGAAGAGGCACAGAGGGCUAUCAGCUCGAUGACCAACAAGCAGCUCGAAGGCCGUCAAGUGUUUGUCCGAGAGGACCGCGAAGACGAAGUGAAAUAUGGCAGCACGCCUGGUGCGCCCCCUCGCGGUGGUGGCCGUGGUGGCUUUGGUGCAAUGGGCGGUCGAGGAGGCUACGGCCCUCCCGGCCGCGGUGGCUUCUUCGGCGGCCCUCCUCCGCCCCCCUAUGGCGGAUUUGCCGGUGGCGCACCCACACAACUCUUCGUCACCAACCUGCCCUACGAUGUCAGCUGGCAAGAUCUCAAGGACCUCUUCCGAUCGGCGGGCAAUGUCAGUCGCGCCGACGUCAACAUGGGACCCGACGGCCGCUCCAAGGGAACCGGUAUUGUUGCAUUCGCCAACUCGAACGACGCAUCUAACGCCAUCGCCAUGUACCACGGGUACGACUUCCGCGGGCGCAUGCUCGAGGUGAGGCUGGACAAGUUCGCCGGUGCUCCCCCCAUGGACCCCUACGGUCGAGGCGGCUACGGACCCCCUCCUCGUGGUGGACGUGGUGGCUUCGGUGGUGGAUUCGGUGGUCGCGGUGGGUUUGGUGGCCGAGGUGGCUACGGCGGUGGAUAUGGUGACCCGUACGGUGGUGGCUAUGGAGGUGACCCCUACGGUGGUGGCUACGGUGGUGGAUACGGUGGAGGCUACGGCGACCGACCCGCACCCGCAGCGUACGGCGGGCGACCCACGGGACCUGCAGCAGCCUCUCGCCCCGCCGCACCACCGGCCCCGCCCUCGCAACAGAUCUUUGUCAGGAACCUGCCUUGGUCGACGUCGAACGAGGACCUGGUGGAGCUGUUCCAGACCACAGGCAAGGUAGACGAGGCCGAAAUCGUGUUUGAAGGCGGCAGGAGCAAGGGCGUCGGUAUCGUGCAGUUCGCGACCGUCGAAGAUGCCGAGACGGCCAUUGCCAAGUUCAACAACUACGUCUACGGUGGUAGGCCGCUGGACAUUGAGUUCAACCGCCGCUGGAACAACUUCCGCCAGGGCGGUGGUGGCGGUGGAGGCAGUGGAGGAAGCGUCAACGGUGGCAACGACGGCGAUGUGGCAAUUGCCGAGGCUUCGACGCAGGACUACCAGGACAACGGUGAUGCUGGCGAUGCGCCAGUCCCCAUGCAGGGUGAGACAGCGUGA